UAAAAAGUAACCCAAACAAACUCCGACAACAGGGGAGACUCGCCCACGACUAUUCCAACAAUGACCUCAUCGCCGCCCUUAGCCGGCGGGCAAGUCCCAUCGCCGCCGCCGCUGCCGCCGAUCCACCAGAGCGACGCCGACGAGGACGACGAGAACGUGAAGCAGCUCCGCGAGUGCUCUGCUCUGUACCUGUCGCUGCAGGAUUGUCUCGUCAACCACAAUAGGAACUGGAAAUCGUGCCAAAAAGAAGUGCAAGCCCUCAAGGCGUGCAAUGAGAAGAGGAGCGGCAGAGGAGGGAAGUGAAGAUUCCACUCAGGUGGAGGCGAGGGAGGACUUCUUAGCUGGUACUGAAUGCUGCAUCGUGAACUGCGAGGUUGCUUCAUACCCAUUAUUUAGUUAACUUCAGGAAACAGAAAGUUGACCUCUUUUUGGAAAUUCUUCCUGUAGUGGGUGUUGAUGAGAGAAGUUAGUUGAUUUGAUUUGAUUGACGGAGCGAUAAGCACGGCUUGUGUAUCUCGAAUCGAAGGUCGAUGUGAUGAGAAUGUGGUUGGACAUUCUUAAUUUUGUUCGCAUGACAUCUGCCGGAAGAAUUCGGCAAGCCGAGCCUUUCCUCUUUGAUGAUAAACGCUUUGAGGUGGCUCUUGCAGUCUUUACUUUCCUGCUGGAAUUGACAAGUAGAAUGAGGCUAUCUCAUCCUACAAAAUUCAAUGGAGUUGGGUGCUCGAACUCCUAAGAAAUAGCCCCCUCCAAAUAUUGAAAAUGAUACUCCUGGUGCAUGUGGUGUCUGAAGGUGUGUCAUCCGAAUGCAGUCAGUUUUUCUUACAAAGUGAAUGUCAUGUACCGACUAUCAAGCCAUCCCUCCACUUUUGAAUGGGGACAUACAUGCAUGCGUUUUCUCCUUGGUGGGAUUCUUGGGCUUGCCCUUGUUGCUGUUCUGUUGUAGAUUGUUCAACUCUUUCCCUCUCUGUCUUGUCCCUCUUUUGCUUUGCUGCCUAUAAUACCCUGUUCUUUGCUUAUCUCUAGUUUGAAUACAGCUUGAAAAUGAUUUAUCUGGAUCAUGAGAGUUGUACCUUGAAGGGCCUUUAUCAGUUAGACAUUUUGUUGGGUGGAUAUCCUGAGAUGAUGACUCUAAUAUUGCA